AGUAAAAAUAAAAUGCGCUCCAGAAUUCAGCUCAGACAUGUUACAGAAUUCAAGAAAUAUUUGGAAGAACUGAUACAACUUAUAGAACCUGUCAUUGGGAUUAUGCAAAUCGCAGUAGAAAAAAGCAAGAUUUGGAUAGAAGAUAAAAAUGACAACCCGUAUAUCACCUACAUCGAGCUAUGUCAGGAACUUGAUUCAGCGACCACGGCCAUGUUGGGUGCAGCGUUACACAUUAUAAGUGAAAAUAAAGAGACUUUAGAUGUCGAUGCAGCAACACUAUCUUUUUAUCGGGCUACACCACAAACUACAGCAACAGAAAAAUGUGACCGAACUGUACCAACAAAUCAAGUCACUAAACAAGUGCAACAAACAGACGACGCCAAUGUCAAGUCUGCAGAUGACAUAUCAGAAAUAAAACAAUGGAGAGACAACUUUGUAACAGAACAGAGUGACAUGUGGGUAAACAUUGAACAACUGACUAAAAAACAAAAACAGAAUUUUAAAAACCUCAGAAAACAAAUGAGUGAACAAGUUAACAAAGUAAAGGAGCUGAACAAAGAAAUUGAAAGUUUAAAAGAAAAGGAAACCAAGUCAAACAAACCACUAGAGAAAUUGUCUCUAGAUAUGAAAGAAUAUGAAAACAACUUAAACAAAAUAAAUAAAGAAAUACAAGAUCACACAGACAAAACAUGCAGUAUAACACAAGACAUUAAAAGACUUUCUGAUUUGAUUGUUACUUUACAAGAUGAAAAUAAUAAAAUCUUGGACAAAACAUCAACCCGUUUUGAAAAAUUGCAUUCUAAGCACAGUGUUAUGUACAAACUCCUACAACAAAGAUUGAUGCCCAUUGACAAACUGAUUCAAAUCUUUAACCAGAACUUGGAAACUAGGAAAGAAAGAAUUAAUAAGCUGGACCAACUUGAAAAUACUAUUUCAAAGUUGUCCAAAGAUUUUCCUCUCAUAGAGUCACGUGUAUGUAACAGAUAUGCAUGUCAUGUAAGGCUUGCUGGUCACACAUCUGUCAGUGAUGGAUCAAUGAUUUCAAAAUUUAAAGAAUCACCAUUACACAGUUCCAUCUAA